AUGCUCAAUAUAAGUAAGAGCACAGUGGGAGAUAUCAUUAGAAGAUUUAAACACGAGGAUCGUAUAGAGUCGAUAUUACAAAGAGGUCAACCAAAGAAGUUGGAAAUUAUAAGAAAUAUAAAGAAAGAUCCUACAUUAAGUGCACCAAAACUAGCUGACGAACUCCUCACAGAGACUGCGAAGAACGUGCACCCCAAAACGAUACGUAGAAUACUGAAAGAAAGUGGUUACAGUGGAAGAGUUGCUCAGAAAAAACCAUUUAUGGACGAAGAAUGGUGUGGCGGAAGAAGAAUGAACAAUUUAAAUCAAUUACAGUUCGUAAAAGACAUAGGUAAACCUUUUCCAACUAAUGUAACUGUAGUGAAGCAACGGCAUGCACACUAA